GUAAAGGAGUUUCAACUCCAUGUCGUUGCAUUCUGAAUCCAUUAUUUUUGUUCCAUCUGCCAUUGAUUGCAUAGAGGAUAUCGAGGUACGAUCCAAUGCAAUUUUCUUUUUUGGGAAACCUAGAUGGUACGAUUGGUUUAGUAUUUUAACUUUGUAGAACUUUAACGUAACAGGAAGUCAAAGUAAAAUUUUUACUCUGUUGCGAAGCAAAAUCAGAUGGGGCCAUUGUUGCCCUAUGGUGUGAACUACCUGCACGAACAUUUGUUAUGUGAUCCACUGUAUUCUUUUUUACUGAUUCUGGUGUAGAAGUCUUUUGUACCCUAAAAAUAUAUAAAAGAUUACUACUCGAGAAAAAGUAGUGUUUUGUGUUUACCUCCUAAGUCGUUUCAGUUUUGGUGUUUCCGCCUGAUCUUUCUGCAUUUUUUUAUUAGCGAUUCAGUUAAUUCAAUCCUUAUUCAGUUAAUCUAGAACUUUUAAUUGAUAGGACGUAUGUCGCGACAGUGCUGAUAAUCUCUUAUAUGCACAAAGCUUGAAGAAAUUUCAAGUUAAGGUUUUACGUCAUAUCGGAAAGUACAAUAAAGUCGCCAAAUUGUCAGUUUGAAAUUGUUCGAAUUUUUUCCAACGCUGGUGCUGCCAUCUUUGCAUAUCUAAUUCCUGAAAAUGUUCAGAAUGAAAUUCAGAAGUUCGUGGACAAAACGACUUCUAAUUCAGAAAUUCUGAAUCUGAGUCUGUGGUUUGACGAUAUCAGUGAUUUGUUAAUAAUUAUUUUAGAUCUACUUUUUUAAUCUGUAAUAUACGUACCAUGGAGAAGCAUCCUAAACGAGAAAUUCCAUCAAUGUUAAAUAAAAUACUAGACCGUGAUGUCCAGUUAACAAGAAGUGUUGUUAAAUGUGUAGAAAAUUUGCCACUAAUGAGAAAGUUAAGAAUGCAUUACAAGAUGUUAGAGAUAUCUUGCCAUGCAGUACCUUGGAUAACAUCGAUACUUGCAUUUAUUUGGAUUCUUAAUAAUAAAAAUUUGUAUCAAAUGCAAGUCAAUUUGUUAAUGGCUUUAAUAUUGGACAUUAUCAUUAUUGCCAUAUUGAAAGCGUAUAUAAGAAGAAGAAGACCAGCAGUUAACGACGAUCCUUUUUCACUAGGACCUGAUAAGUAUUCGUUCCCAUCGGGUCAUGCUUCUCGGUCGGUACUUAUUUUUUAUUUCUUUAAAUAUCUAUGGCCCGUGUCUGAUAUUUGUCUCCUAUCAAUAUCAAUAUGGAUCUUUGCUGUAAUUCUGUCUAGACUUUUAAUGAGAAGGCAUUAUAUUCUUGAUAUUUCUGCAGGAAUUUUUCUAGGUUAUAUCGAAGGAAUGCUUGUAAGCAUUUUAUAUUUAGAAUCUGAAACUUGUUCCAAUUUAAUAUAUUGGAUAACCGAUGAGAAACUAGAUGGUGCAGAAUAUGAUAUUUAAAAUUGAUUCACUUUUUUAAUAUAAUAUUAAGCAGUGAUAGAAGAUUAUGUCGAUCAUUGUUAUCUUUUAUAAUAUUUAUGUUAUGCGUUUGAUUAAUCAUUUGCAACAAAGAAAGAUAUUGAAAUAUAUGAUAUUUCUUUAUAUUCAUUUUUAAAUUAGAUAAGUUGAUACUGAAAAUACUAAAGUAAAGGUAAUUGUCAGAUAGAGUGCUCUUUUUGUUAUAUCGUUAUUAUCAAGACUGUUUAUGUAAGCACUGUUAAUUAUUUUUAUGAGAUAAGAUAUGAAAUGGUUCUUAAUUAUAUAAUGAUACAUGCUUUAAAUUAUGAAUUUAUGGAAGAUGUUUAUACCAAAUAAUGCAAUCAUAUUUAUAUACUUUUAUUUUCUUAUCACAUAAUAUAUUUUUAUCGACAACAAUUUCAGGUUCCACCUUGUCCUAGCAAUAUCGUAGAUUUUUACGAAUCUGAUAAUAGAAAAUACAAAGGUUGUAGAGCAUAAUCAAUAAAUAUAUUUUGUAAUAAACGUCUUUGUUCCAAUAAAUGUUGAACUCGACGAGAUUAAAAAGGAAUAAUAAAAGAUUCCUUUAGAGUUCAGUAUAUAAUGUAAAAAAAAGGGGAAUGAUAAGUUUAUUGUACAAAUCACGUAUCGCUACAUUUGUAAUAUAUGAAAAAUGUCUUGUACCAUUUUCAUCUACGUAUAAAAUUACAAGCCAGCCUAUAUGUAUGUAUAUAUGCAAUCUACACGUUAUGAACGUCAGUCGUGUACUACGAUAUUAAUCUGGUUUCCUACAAUAACUUACUAACAAUUUCAAUAUUAUCAUCGUUUCAGUCAAUUGAAACAUAUCGAUUAGAUAUUCAUUUUCAGCAUAGGUAUUCUGUUAUUAUACUGGUAUUCGAGUUCAAAUUAAAAACGCAUAAAGAUUUCCAAUAUUUUUUUCAAUAGAAUGCUAAACCUAAUUAGAGCUCGAAAAAGUGCGAAAAAUCAUCAGCAUUUAGAUUUUAUUUUUUUGGAGCUAUAACUUUUAUAAUUUCUCCUCAUGUUUCAAGUUAUUAGUCAUAGUAAACUAAGUAUUGAAAAGUU